GACAAAGAGACAGACAGGGGGUUGGGCAGAAGAGGUCAGGGCUUUGAAGCAGUUGGAUGUCUAGGUCUUACCCCAAGAAUCUCUUCUCCCAAGCGAUGCUCAGAUCGGGGCCAGGAUCAGGACACAGAGUGCAAAGGACAAAAGGUUACUAAUUACUGCCUUAUUCUGCUACUGUGGAGAUAGCUUCUUCUUGCAGCAAUCUUGCCUGUGAUUCUUCCUGCUACCAAAUUCAGUCCCUGUUGCUGUGCCCCCAUUGAAGAUGGAACCCAGAUCACCUUCUAGCUGAGUUCCUGUCAUGCCUAAUCAGUUAAUCCUCUCUGCCCUCUGGAGCCUGCUCUUUCCUCUAGGUGUUGCUAUCUAUCACAAAGGCACAGGGAACCCAGCACCCCACCCUGGCCCCCACUACCUCCUGCCCCCCAUCCAUGAGGUCAUUCACUCUCGCCGCGGUGCCACGGUCACCCUACCCUGCGUUCUGGGCACCCCACCCCCCAGCUACAAGGUGCGCUGGAGCAAAGUGGAGCCUGGGGAACUACGAGAAACACUGAUCCUGAUCACCAACGGGCACCAUGCCCGGGGCUAUGGACCCCUGGGAGACCGUGCCAGGAUGAGGAGGGGGCACAGGCUGGAUGCCUCCUUGGUGAUCAUGGGUGUGGCGCUAGAGGAUGAGGGGAAAUACCGCUGCGAGCUCAUCAAUGGACUGGAAGAUGAGAGUUUGGCAUUGACCCUCAGGCUGGAGGGUGUGGUUUUCCCGUACCAGCCCAGUCAGGGCCGAUACCAGUUUAAUUACUAUGAAGCUAAGCGGGCAUGUGCGGAGCAGGACGGGCGGCUGGCCACGUACCCUCAGCUCUACCAGGCAUGGACCGAGGGCCUGGACUGGUGUAACGCGGGUUGGCUUCUGGAGGGCUCUGUGCGUUACCCGGUGCUGACAGCUCGAGCGCCCUGUGGGGGCCGGGGCCGGCCAGGGAUUCGCAGCUAUGGGCCCAGAGACAAGCAGCGUGAUCGCUACGACGCCUUCUGCUUCACCUCCGCGCUGCGGGGCCACGUGUUCUUCGUGCCCGGCCGUCUGACGCUAGCGGAGGCUAGCGGAGCCUGCGCGAGGCGUGGGGCUGUUCUGGCCAAGGUUGGCCACCUCUAUGCAGCCUGGAAGUUUUCGGGCCUGGACCGCUGCGACGGGGGCUGGCUGGCGGACGGCAGUGUGCGCUUCCCCAUCACCACCCCGCGGCCCCGCUGCGGGGGUCUCCCGGAUCCCGGAGUCCGCAGCUUCGGUUUUCCCAGUCCAGAGCAGCCGGCCUAUGGGACUUACUGCUAUGCCGAGACCUAGGGGGUGCAUUCCCUUCAAAGCCCCAGUCUAGAUUGCAGCCCUCCUCUCCAAUGUUGAAUCUAGUCCACCUGGGAAAGAGACAGACUCGACUUGGUGAUGGGGAGUGUUUGCAAUAGGGGUGUGUAUGUCUGCACUGCAUCCCUCCUUUCCGAACUUCUCCUUGCUAGACAGACUGAGAGAGACAAGCAAAGACUUACUGAUACUCUCCAUUUUCCUCACUGCAGACAGCUGUGCCAAAGUCCAGGCGGGGCCAGGGAGGUAGACAUUGUUAGAUGCCCCAGGGCUGUUGCCCUUCCUAGGUGUGAUUUGGCUAGAGGAGGCCUUUGGGAUGACUGGGUGCACUUGCACUGAGGACUAAUAGUAUUUGAACGGUGCUUCCCCUGGAGAGAACGAGUCCGGCGUGGGAGAACCCAACAGAGUCCAGUGUCGAAAUAUUAACUGAUCUUUGUAGCUUAAUAAAAUAACCGUGGAGACCUUCGCUCUCCAGAGAAGUUGAAACCA